AGGGAAACUGUGUAAUUCAGCAUUCGCUCCCGCUCGAAGCCCUCCGUCUCUCUCUCUCACUCACUCUCUCGUCUCUGCAACGGAUUUGAUCAAUCACAGUUCAUUCCUUCUGCUACUUUCAAAAUCCAGGGUUUGAUUCCUUCUCUAUACUCUUCCGAUGGCGAAAUCUAAAGAAGAAGAAGAAGAGAAACCAGACGGUCUUGAAAUAAUUUCAAUUGGAUCUCUAUACAGUGGACCCUGGGACAAGAAGUACUGGAGCUCUUCUAGGGGUAAAGAUCGGUAUCCUUACCCUUUGGGAUAUCAUGCUCGUCGGGCUUUUAAUGGGAGCACCUAUAAGAUGGAAAUUCAGGAAGGUUCUAAAGGACCAUUAUUUGUGAUUACUUCUGCUGAUGGACAUUUGUGUUCUGGUCAAACACCUGAUAUUGCUUGGGAGAAAUUUCAGAAGAAAGGUUGCUUGCGCAUGAAGAUCUGGCAUGGCAAAAGAUUUUCUUGCAAGAUAGAUGGCAUAGAGUUCUUUGGGUUCAGAAAUCCAUUUGUCCAGAGGUUACUACGGGAGCUGGUGGCAAAUGUCAAUGGAAUAGCAGAACGUAGUCUAUUAUCUUCUAGCUUCUGCAAUGGGGCUUCCAGUAUGGAUGACAAUAAUCAAUACCAAGAUGCACUCACAUGUUCUGAUGUUUUACCACAUUUGGCAAGACCGCAGGUUAUAGGGAAAAGAAAUAAGAAACGUGAAAUUGUAAAUCCUAAGUCAUUAAGUAUUGAUGGUUUUAAAAGACUGCGAACUGGAGAUCCAAUGUUUAAUGGUGAGCCAUCAAAUUUAACACAUAGGAAUCAUAAGCAAAGUAGUUCCUCGCCUUGCUCUGAUUUUAGUUUUCAUGAGAAGUGCGGCUCUUGCACACUUCCAGGAGCAUUGCCAGUAGAAGUGCAGUUAAAUUGCAUAACUGGAAAAGCAAAUAAUCACAUUUCAGCUGAAGAUGGUUUGCAUUUGAAGCCUGUUGACUACACUGAUCAUAUUAGGGGGAAAGCUCUCCCAGCACAUGAAGAUCUUGCUAGUUCUGAAAAUAAUAAAUCCACUAGAGUAGUCAUGAAUUCCUUUGCAGAAGAAAGACCUCUUGAUAGGUUGCAAAAUACUGAAGUGGAAGGGUUGAAUUUUCCAGCAUCAUCUGAAUUCAAAGAUGUAGAUGGACCAUGUUCAGGAGAAUCUCAAAGUGUCCACAAUGUUGAUCUUUGUGCUCCUGAUACAUUAGAUUUUGUGCAAGAUGAUACUACAAAUUCUGCUCCAAGUACCUUGGAUAAAAUUGCUUGUGGCAUCAAAGAAGAAUCGAUGACAGCUGAUGUGGUUGUUUGUGAAGAAUUGGUUAACAAGUCACAUUCUGAAGAAGAAACAGGCACUUCUAAUUCAAACAUGAGUUCUGAAAAGGGUGAUUUUGAUUCAGUUGGUCAAGAUAUAGCCAAGUCAAUGAUGACAGUUCUGCUUCCACAAGCUAUUCCUCUGCUCAAAAAAACCUCAAGCAAGAAAAAGAAAACCAUUAUCCCUUCAGGGAACUUGCCUCCUACACCGAAGCCCCAUGAAGAAAAAAAUGACAUGGGAUUUUUUGUAGAUGCUCAAUCUAAUGGUGUAGAUCAAUCAAUUUUUCAAAGUUCUGAAAAUACCAAGACUGUAGUUCUUCAAAAGUUUGAUGAUGAUCAAUUUGUGGAUCAUGUAAUGAAUCAACUAAUAUUGCCUUCCAACAAUGUGGAAGCUGAUCAACCUAGUUGUGAUGAAAAUAAUGGUGGGGAACAGUUUGUUGAUGUCGAUGUGGAGUCAUCAUGGUUUCUUCGUGUUGAGACUAGUGGGAAUAGAGAUGUCUCACUUGAUGAUAAAAUGCAAUUGAAUUUGAGUAAAAGGCCUCAGGAUAGUCAUGUAUGCUUAACUGCGUCUAUUUUAGGUUGCACACCUGCCAGCGAGAAAGUUCUCACUGAAGUAAACCAGGAUAUUUGCAAAAAUGUGGAUGAAAACUCAUUAGGUGCUGAGAUCAAUUCUGAGAAGAUCCUCAAAAAUUCAUCUGAUUGUAACAAAGCUGUAGGUGCAAGUGAUGCUAGUGUGGAAGCCUUGGGGUGUUCUAUGAUGAAGGACGCUGUUGUUGAGGCUGGGGCUUCUGAAAUCGGCAACUUAUCUGGUAGUCAACUCCCAAAAAAAGUAUACACCAGAAAAAAGGUCCCAAAUACAAAACUUACUGCAAGAAAACAUAAUCCUUCACUUUUAGAAAGAGUAAUAUGCAGAAAACUUGUAGAUGGUUGUGUCCCAGAAUCUAUAGGAGCUUUGCUUGAUUCAGAGCCGUUCCAUAUGAGCUCUUCUGUUGAUGAACCCCGAGAAAUUCUUUUAGGUGCUGAUACCAGGGUUGUAGGCCGACUGCUUGAUAAGCAAACUGAUGAAACCACUAUAAUUUCCAACCCUGUAUUAGACAGUCAGGCACCUUUUAUUUUGCAAAAUCAAAUAGUUCCCUGUGCCUCAGAAGGCCAGGAUACAUCAAUUCUUUUUGUUCCACCUUUAUCAUGUGUAGAAAAAGCCCAAGACGUUUUUGAAGAGAGGCUGAUAGGGGUUGAGAAUACUUCAGAUGUUAAUAGUCCUACAUCUCAGAAACAAGGAACAGGGUUUUGCCUCAAUAAGACACCCAUUGCCAAGGAAGUUCAUGGCAAUUCGGAACCGAAGAUACAGAGGAAUAUGGAAGUGAACAAUGAGCUAGAGGGCAUUGUUAAGUUUCUGGGAUCCUAUUCCCAUCCCAUGCCUGUUUUGUCACUGUUGUUGAGCAGAAAAGGGAAUGAAAUUUACAUUUGUGCUGCAUGUGGCAUUCUGGUAGAUGAGAAAAGAAUUCUAUUUCUUUACAAGCUAUCAAUUGAAGAGCCAAGAAUAGGAUGUCCAUGCUUUGUUGGUCACACACCAGUGACCUGGCCAUCUUCAACAGAUAUCUUUGGUAGAGAAAUUGCAUUUGAAAGAUCUGGUAUGCAACUCGCCCCAGAUGGGCAGCAUCUUGUUUUACUUGGCAGCACAAGAACACCCCAUUGCAGGGAAGGAAGAUUAGAUUGUAUGUGCUCAACAUGUACAUCAGACUGCUUUGAGAACAGUGCAGUGAAGAUUGUAGAAGUAAAAUCUGGAUAUGUUUCAGUUCUACUAAAAUUGAGAACAACUGACAAUUUGCAAUGCAUAUUGGUGUGUGAACCUGACCAUCUAGUUGCUGCUGGGGAAAGUAGGAGACUGCAUCUGUGGACCAUGAAUUCAAGUUGGAGUGCGUCAACAGAAGAAUUCACCUUAUCAUCUAAUGAUUACAUAUCACCUUGCAUAAUGGAGAUGAAGAGAAUUCCAAAAUAUGCUUCGCUAGUUAUUGGGCACAAUGGCUUUGGGGAAUUCACUUUAUGGGAUAUCUCAAAACGUAACUUUGUCUCAAGGUUCUCUGCUCCAAGCCCUCCAGUUCAUCAAUUCUGUCCUAUCAGUUUGUUUAGUUGGCAAAGAGAAGUCCAUGGUUUCAGUUACUCUAAUGUUGAAGCUCACAUAAAUAGGCCCAUGGAUGCAACAAAAUUAUGGUUUUCAGAGCACAGCAAGAACCAUACUUUUCCUCCUUUAGAGGGUGAAGAUAUCGCCGUCUGGUUUCUUGUCUCAACUGUCCAUGACUCUGAUGCUCAACAUGACUAUGAAUUAACUGAUCGCCAUAUAAAUCCGGUUGGAUGCUGGAGGCUAGCUCUACUGGUGAGAAAUAAAAUUAUCUUGGGCAGCAUAUUGGAUACAAGGGCGGCUGCUGUCAAUACAUCAGCUGGUCAUGGAAUCAUGGGUACACUUGAUGGACUUGUGUAUAUGUGGGAAUUAUUGACGGGAAAUAAACUUGGCACUCUGCUUGAACUCAAAGGCGGAAGUGUUUCAAGCAUUGCUACUGAUGAUUCAGGGUCAGGUGUCCUGGCAGUAGUAGAUGACAGAGGUCAGUUACUGGUAUAUCAGCAUCUCCAGUGAGUCGGUGCUAUUUUGCAAAUCAGUGAGACGAGCAAACAAGGUCCUUUCUUCUCUUCCCUGAAGAUGAUUCUCAUACUCUUCAAGUGAUGAACUACAAGGAUUCCCAUUGUGUUUGUUCACAGAUUAAAAAAAAACAAGAACAAGAAAUUCGUUUUCAUUUUAUAAGGGCAACACAUGAAACUUGAUUUUUCAUUCAGUUCAAAUAAAUACAUGAUGAAAAGUACACUUUUAAAAUGAUUAAUGAAAGAGUCAAUUUUAUUGCAGAA